CCUCUAAGUAGAAGCCCUAACGGAUUUGAGAGUUGAGACACGAAGCGCGCACCAACGACAAAGGGUAAAAAAGAAACGUUCUUAACUCUCUUUUUUUUUGACAUGGAAACGUCCUUAUAUAAGUUAGUUAUAAGAAACGUUCUUAACUAACACGGCCUCUCAACAGCCAGGAAAACAUGCGUCCCCGUCUGCCACCGGCGACCACAUCAAUCAGCUGCUUGGUCUAGCUACUAUAUUAGUAGUACAAAAUAGCUUAUACAUGACCGAUUCAUACAUCAGUCAAGUCAACCCCAUGUAACCACCAGGGUUAGUGAGAGCUGUCAUCUUCUAAAAACUCAAGGUCUCAAGGUUAGCAAACUAAUGCUCGCUAUUUGUGUAUUAUAUCGUUCAUUACCGACGCCCUCUGAUUAAUUCCACUGCGAACUGAACGUCGACGAUUGGUGGCAACUACCGGCCGGUGUACGUAGCUAGUAAUGUUCCCAUGAAGCACAAGGCUAAUCGACAACAUAUGCUUCGAAUGCCCACCUAUAUACAGCAGCUAGCAGGCAUUCCCGACCCACCGAGCGAUCACCCCCCACUUCUCAUCUUCCAAUCUUAGUGAGGCAGUCGAGCUAGCUUCAAACAAUGGCGGCUGGUGCUCAGAAGCUGCAAGUUCUGGUGGUUUCUGCCUUGCUGCUGCUCCUAGCUGUGGGGUGCCAGGCCAGCCCUCUGCAGAUCGGGUUCUACCACGACAGGUGCCCCCAGGCGGAGGCCGUCGUCAAGGGCGUCAUGAUGGACGCCAUCUCCCAGAACCCUGGCAAUGGCGCCGCCAUGAUCCGCAUGCUCUUCCACGACUGCUUCGUCGAGGGUUGUGACGCUUCGGUCCUCCUAGACCCGACCCAGUUCAGCCCGACGCCGGAGAAGCUCAGCGCGCCCAACAAUCCCUCCCUGCGCGGCUUCGAGCUGAUCGACGCCAUCAAGGACGCCCUCGAGGCGGCCUGCCCGGGCAUCGUCUCCUGCGCCGACAUCAUCGCUUUCUCAGCCCGUGACGCGUCUUGCAUCCUCAGCGGGGGCAAGGUGGACUUUGAGGUGCCGUCCGGCCGCCGCGACGGCACCUUCUCCAACGCCUCCGAGCCGGUCAAGUUCCUCGUCCCACCCACGUCCAACCUCAGCGACCUCGUCGACAGCUUCGUUGUCAAGGGCCUCGAUGUGGAGGACCUGGUCAUCCUCUCCGGCGCGCACACCAUCGGGCGCUCCCACUGCUCCGCCUUCGUGCCCGACCGCCUCAACGUCACCUCCGACAUCGACGGCAGCCUCGCCGCGUUCCUGCGUGGCCAGUGCCCCGCGGACGCCGCCCCGGGUGGCAACGACCCGACGGUGAUGCAGGACGUGGUGACCCCGAACGACCUGGACAGGCAGUACUACAACAACGUGCUGUCUCGCACGGUGCUCUUCACCUCCGACGCGGCGCUCCUGACGUCGGAGGAGACGGCGAGGAUGGUGAUGGACAACGCCAACAUCCCCGGGUAGUGGGAGGACAGGUUCGAGAAGGCCAUGGUGAAGAUGGCCGGCAUCGAGGUCAAGACCGGCGACCAGGGACAGAUCAGGAAGAACUGCCGCGCAAUCAACUAAGUACGACGUGCAUGCAUGGUGAAGGAUCACUCCAUCUCCAGUUUGGUUGUUUUAGCAUCCAUCAUUGUUGUCUUUUUUUUUUUGUUAUUCCUUGGUUCAAUUCUCGUCAACUGAAUUGUUCGUCUACAUAUGUAAAUGCGCUGCAAGCCAAUGUUCUUUCAUUUGGGAAAAUAAAGUUACACUUUUGCUGUAACAUGUUUUGAACAAAGAUUUUGCAUCUUCGACCAUGACAUCUCAACGCCCACUACUAGAAAAUUGGUCGUUGCCGAGAGUCAAAUCACGAAAGCUCGACAAAAAAAUACGUAAGCGAGUAUGUUUCUCGGCAACAUGCCCGACUCGGCAGAUGCAUGCCGUUGUCGAGACUUGAGAGCCAGGUAAAGGGAACUUGGCAAACAAAAUACACUCGGCUUGUACAGACUACGCCGAGUUUUUUUUAUACAGACUAUGCCGAGUUUAUACCACGUGGCGACAAGGGUAGUUGGUGUGUACUCCGUUGCGGCAGACUGAGUUUUUCGA